AUGUUUCCAAGCCUGUCUCGAUUCUCAGUCGCGGUGCUUGCAUUGCUUAAUGCAUGCGGAACCACCGCCGCGACAUAUCCAUUCACUGUUUAUCGAGGCACAUUCAUUCAUCUCCCUCUUUUGAACUCGACUUCGGACAAACCCGAGCUUGAUCGUAAUCAAGGUGUCCUUUGGGUCUCUUCUGCAGAUGGGCGCAUCAAGGGAUACGACUGGACUGUCAAGGACGAUACCGCUUUCCAGUCGUUCCUGUCUAGCCAUGGCUGGGCUGAUGCCAAUAGUACCACACGGGGCAGGGGGACUAAGGUCCAAGUUGUCAAGUCCAACGAUGCACGGAACGAGUUCUUUUUCCCUGGAUUCAUUGAUACCCAUAUCCACGCACCUCAGUUCCCAAACAUUGGCUUGUUCGGAUCCUCUGGCCUACUGGACUGGCUGAACGAAUACACCUAUCCCACGGAGGCCAGCUUUGGCUCCAAGUCCGAUCCCAAGAACCAACAGACCGACCCCAAAACCACGCCUCCAGAAGGACUGCGCGUCUACGAGGAGGUUGUUGCUCGCACUCUGGCCCAUGGUACAACCUGUGCAUCCUACUUUGCUACGAUCCACGUCCCAGCAACCAAUGCCCUCGCUGCAAUCUGCCACUCCCACGGCCAGCGUGCUUUCAUCGGCCGCGUCUGCAUGGACAACAAAGAUAUAAGCCCAUCCUACUACGUCGACCAAUCCGCCGAACAGGGUCUCAGCGCCACAAAAUCCACAAUCAAAUACAUCCAAGCUCUAGACCCCAACGGCACACUCAUCAACCCAAUCAUCACCCCCCGAUUCGCACCAAGCUGCAGCAAAGCCUCCCUCGACGGCCUCGGCAAGCUAGCCGCAUCCUACAACCCACCCCUGCACAUCCAAACGCACAUCGCCGAGAGCCUCGACGAAAUAGCCCUCGUCCAACAACUCUUCCCGCAAUCAUCCAGCUACGCCGACGUCUACGACAAAGCCCACCUACUCACCGAGCGCACCAUCCUCGCCCACGGCGUGCACCUCACCAAAGACGAACGCACGCUCAUCCGCCAACGUAAAUCCAAAAUCUCGCACUGCCCAUCUUCCAAUUCCGCCCUCGGCUCCGGCCUCGCUCCAGUGCGUGUCCUGCUCGACGAAGGCCUCACUGUAGGCCUGGGUACAGACGUCAGCGGCGGAUACAGCCCCAGUAUCCUCGAAGUCGCCCGCCAGGCCUGCCUCGUCUCCCGCCUCCUGCAGUAUAGCUCCGAGUACCAGACGAUGACGGGCAAUGUGUCCACGAACGGGACGGAGAAGCUUUCCGUCGAGGAGAGUCUCUAUCUCGCUACGCGCGGUGGUGCAGCCGUCGUUGAUAUGGCGGGUGAUAUUGGUGGGUUUGACAAGGGCAUGAUUUGGGAUGCACAGUUGAUCGAGCUGGGUUCCGUUCCGAGUAAUACUGUUACGGCGCUUGCCGCGAGGGGUGUGGAUGCCUCGGGUCCCGUUGGCAAUGUCGAUUUGUUUGGGGACGAGACUUGGCAGGAGCAGAUCCAGAAGUGGAUGUGGAGUGGUGAUGAUCGGAAUGUAAAGAACGUGUGGGUUCAGGGCAAGUUGGUUCAUACUAGGGAUUAA